AAGCGCCUAACCAGAAUGAGCCUUUUCAGCGUUAGACGAAAUUCCAAUGACUGAAACGUUGCAACUCUGUAGCAACCUUAUGUUUCAAUAAUGCUGCCCCCGUAUGCAUAAAUAGUUCUGUGUCUCAUAUUCUGAUAGAUCGGAAAUUUUGCAGUUUUGCGCAUACAGAAGAACCAGCGGUUAUUUCGUCUUUCUACUCGCUUUUCUCAUCUCAUUGGUUUUCUCCCCGAAAGCGGGUUUCAGGAUUCUCAAUCAUGCUCUUUCUUCUCUAGAUAAACGAAAGCGAUCCACAUAGCAAUUUUCGUUAGUGCGGCAUUUUCUUGUCAUCCUUGUUUGGUUGAGCAGAUAGCCACAAGCUUGAGAGGGCAAGUUAAUCAGAUUAUUCAGAUACCAGUUUCUCGAUUUCUGGUCCGCCUGGUUGAUCUCCCAGCCAGCCAGUGACGCGAGGAGAGCAGUUGGGCCGUGGCCUGCCAGUGCAUGAUGUCGGAUGUUCUAGAAGACGAUUUGAUACAAAGAACCAUUGCAUGAUUGACAAGCCCGCUUAUUGGGAGGGAAGCUUGCUAUGCAGAACGUAGCCCCGAUAGACCGUAGCGAUAGGCUAUGACCUGUGGAUGAGGGAAUUUGCCUGCGAAGGAGAGCCAUUUGAUGGGGGGCCCUCUGUGUUGUAAGAAAUGAUCCUGCUGGGUUCUGGACGAGAUUAGAGCAGACAAAUAAGCAGACCAACUUAUUGCAGCAGCCAAGAGGAGACAACCAAGGGGAGACAGACAACAAGGCAUGGCAUGGUGUAUAAUAAGAUAAAAUCAUCAAGAAGAACUGGGCACCAGACCAGCAUCAGGUGACCAUGCGAAACCCUCCUAUUCCUGCGUAAGAUCCGAUACCAUACCAAUACACGCUUACAGGGCUCGUGCUCAGCACCACAGCCAAUCACAGCAGUCCUAGUCAGCCUCCCGCCCGGCCAUGCACGUUACCAUACGAGGCAUUACUGCCUGCCAAGCCCCUCCCACCAGCUUUCUAGCCGUAACCUCCUCGUUCCAUACAAUAAUACCGAUGUACUGUACCCGUAUCAGCCGCCAGACAAGAACCACAUAAAAGUCGCCAACCAACUUCUCGCCAACCACUUCCCCCCUUUUAUAUAUAUCGAUCGCAUGCAUCCCCGGCGUUCACGCUGGAGACAAGGCACACGCUCUCUCCACUUCUGCCCUUGAUCUACGGAGCACUGCUUGUCUGCGUGCGGCCCCCAUCGCGCAUUCAUGGCUAGCCACUGGACGGAUUAUCUCGCUUGAAGUUGGUUGGUGGCCUUAUCCUCGCCUUCUCUCUCCCCCCUUUGGAGUUUCAACACCCUCCCCCCCCACCUGCUUAGGAACGCCCCCUUGAGUGCACGGCUUGCUGCGGGCAAAUAUUGAAAGAACUCUACUUGGGACAUACAGGCCGAGGAAGUGUUCGGGGAUCGUCUUUCGCCGGGGUUUUGCAGCUUGCUUAAAGACACUGCAGCAUUGUCCUACCGCCGGGCAGCGCUUCUGCGAGUUUUGGUUGCUCUCCCACCGCUCUCCCCCGUUCUCAUACUAAGCAUGCAUCCGUGAUCUGCGCCUUAUGAUUUUACCACCGGGGCUCUAAUCACCCGUUUCUUCCGUUUACGCCUUUUGUUUUGCCACAAAAAGCAUCAUGUCUUCGACUCUGCUGGCUCCAGAGGAUAUCAUGCUUCCUCCCAGCCCGCCCGAGUAUGCAGAUGAAUACGCGGAAGAACCCUCUGCGAACUGCAGCUUCGCACCUCCCUCGACAUUUAAAACCACAGAAACAGCAACGAAUGUUCAUAGCGGUGCUACCAUUACCACUUCAUCGACGAAAACGAAGACGACGGGGACGCCCUUGACGAUUCCGCCAACUCUAAAUCUCACCCCAAAACCCUAUUCCUCCCUCGGCAGAACACAUCUUCGCUCGCGCUCUCUGGCGAGCCCAGGAGCUCCAUCCAUGGCACGUGCCCACUCUUCUCCAGGACCGGACUCGCGCGGUCGAUACACAUUUACAGCACACACAGGAGGAUCAUCCAGUCCUCAUGAUUCGACAACGGGACGCCAGAGUCCGCUCCGCUCUUCGGUGGAAGACGGUUUAUACCAGAGCAUCAGUACGCUGAAUAUAUCAGAAACGAUCGUUGAGCAUCCAGAGCUUCAGGCCACCCCUAGAUCGAGAAGGAUUCAAUUCGAUGUAUCCCCCGCCUCGCCUCUAUCGCCUGGAACUCUUAACACCCUUCCCCGCACAGCUCGACGACGACCAUCCUCCCCCCUCUACCCAGGCAACAGUAGUCCCAUCUCCGCCCAGGCAUCCCCAAUAGUAUUUCCCUCAAAAUUCAACGAAUCCUACCCUUCCUACUCCUACUCCUCUACUUCCUCAAUGCCGUCGACCCCGUCGAGUAUACGCUCCCGCAGCCCCAGCAUAUCUUCCCUAGAGACGAUCCCAGAUAUCCCCGACGCAGAAGCCGCCGCCAUCGAAGCCGAUCAAAUUGCCAGGUUGAAAGCUGCAGCAGAUCGAGCCGACGAAGCUGCCGCCAGCAAAGAUUUCAACCGACGGCGGAGUGCUAUUGACGUUUCUGGCUCUUCGAGCCCGCUGGGUAAUCCGCGAUUUGGGGGCUUGGGUUCCUACGGCGGUUGUCGGGCGGACAAGAGGAAACGCUGGAGCGUUUGCGGGGCAGAGGGGAGACAAGAUCUGGACCUUGAAACAAUUUGGGAAGAUUGAAGUAGGUGUAUCCUUGACGAUCUUUUUUUUUUUUUUGUUUCAUAUAUGGUCUACCCCGUUUCCUACAUAAGUUACCCUCAAAUUGCAUCUUGAUCAUCGUCUCACGCCAGCGCCAUACCCUUCAUCCUUUUAUGUUUUAUUCCCUUCGAAUGUCACCUGCGUUGUUUCUCUACAUGCCUGUAACAAUACUACUUCGUCCAUUUUUGUUUUGCAGUUAAUCUUGCUUUUACCUCAUGGAUAUCAGUUCGUUUGGCGUUGGUUGAGCAGGUUUUGCGAUACCCUGUUCUAUUUUCUCUCUUUCUAUCUCUCUCUCUCUCUCGCCCUUCUCAAUUUCGACCUCGAAUUUCCUCCUGUCUACCCUUAGCUGCUCCAACAAAUUUCUGUCAUAUUCUCCAGGCCACAAAUCCAAGUAAGGGAUGUAAAUGGCCAGAGACAAUUCAAUACAUGAAAUAUCAUUACUAGCGCAAAUAUAACUCUAUGCUACAAUGAUGGCUAUUGUUUUCCAGUCUUUAACGCGCUUCCGAUUUUCCCACUCUCCAUUUCCAUAUCCAUUUGCCAUACCCUCAGAUUUCUGUACAAAUACAUCUCACCCUUUCCCUCCCUUGUGCUCAAUAAACUCAAAUGUCCACCACUGCCCACCAGAACCGUUAAUCUUAAAUUCCCAUUUUACAUAUCCUGAGCUAAGCUUAAUCUCCGAAAAGACGGGGAUCCCGCUCCCAUCAUUUCAUUCACUCAAUUCAUUGCCCCAUCUCAUCCUCCACGACAACAUCAAAUCUCAUGUGAAAAUUCAGAGUCUCGCGCUUACAAUUGAUCCAUCAUUUCCAAUCGAAUCUAAGGAGGUCUUUGCCAGGCGGCCUCAGGUUAGCCAGGGGUGUGCGGCGAUGUGGCGUUUCAGAUUUUCACUGUCGUUAUUUUUACAUAUAAUGAAAUGUAAAGCCCGAGAGCGAAAUUUUGGAAAUAUAAUUACUUGCGGUGAAUUUUUCCAAAUUUUUCCUAUAUAUUUUGUAUGGUCAUGCUACAUCCCUGAGCCUGGGGCACCCUGCCUAUAUAUAUUUGACAGGAGUAAAAAUGUCCAAAAACAACCUUUUUCCACCGUUGUUAUGUUUACUACUAGCGUCGAUUAUUCAUUAUAUCACAUAAGGAACGGUUCGAUUGUUAGUUUUGUUAUUAUGAAACGUCAAUUGAGUAGAACUACGGAGCAUACCACUAUGAAACUUUGGAAUGUAUCAAUUUACUAAUACAGUAGAAGCUAAAAAGAUAAUAAAUGAAGAGAAA